GUCCAGCAAGGUCAGAGUUGCGCAAGGGUUGUAAUGGAGUGCGAGUUGAGGAGCGUGGCAAUCGCGAUGAGAUUGAGACAUAUUAUCUGCUGCCAGACAAAGCCUCAAGCAGUCCGGUGCGUGCUUCGACGUGUCCCAUCAUGGCCUGGGGCAAGAAAGCCGCAGCUCAGAAGAGCGCCGGCAAGGAGGAGAAGGCAAGGCCGGACACGAAGAAGGUUUUGGCCUGCAAAGAGUGGAGCCUCCCGCUCAAGGCCAUGCUCCGGGCAUAUCCGGACCAAGCCGGCUGCCUGCUCAAGGUCGGCGCCGGGAGUGUCAGAUCGGCGCUGGCGCCAAAAGCCUUGCGGGCCAAGCUCACCGCCGAAACAUCCGAGCUGGCUAACAGGCCGGCAAUGGGGCUGAACCUCGUGGCGGCGGCCGUUGAGGACUUCAUGGACGCCGCGCGCGCCGUGCAGAAAGGCGCCUCGGCGGACAAGGCCCAGAUUGCGGCGGCCGUAGACACGUUCUUUGACACCCUUGCGAGCGAAGACGACGGCCGCGAUGAGUUGGGCCGUGGCCUGGCCAAGCUGGCGGACGGGGCUUCUCGGCUCUUGGCCCUGGCGCUGGCGGCGGCGGAAGCUCGCGCGCUGUCCAGCGACCUGAAGCAUUGGGCGAAGCAGGUGCCCAGCUUGGAGAAGCAGGCGCCAAAGACCAAGCAGUGGGUCAACCGGUCCGGGGACCAGGGCCUCCUGGCCGAGGCCAUGGCGCAGGGCCUGGACUCCUUGCGCUUUGGGGCGGCCUCGGCCUCGCAGUCAAAGUCCAAAUCGCCUUCGGCCAGCGGCGCCAGCAGCAGCGAGAGCAAGCAGAAGAAGGUCAAGAGGGCGGUCAAGGAAAGCAAGCGGGCAAAGGACAAGAAGCGCAAGAGCAGCUCGCCGGCCAAGAAGCGCGACGAGGACAAGAAGAAAGGCUCGCAGAGGAAGCGGAGGGCCGCCUCGUCCUCGUCGCCGGCCAAGACCAAGCGCGGCAAACACAUGGAGGCCUUCGAAAACGAGGACUUAGCGGCGGCGCUGGCAGAGUGCGCUGCGGCUGAGGCUCUGACGGCUUGGCCCGAAGCCGACGCCGCGCUGGUGCUUGCAGAAGCCGAAGCCAUUAAGACCGAGCCGCUCACUGGAGAGAGCUUCGGCAAGAUCAAAGACCUCCUCAAACAAGUGCCGGAGCCAGUGCGCGUGCUGCGCGGCCUUGAGGCCGCUAAAACGGCGGCCGACGCU